GGCCGGCGCGGGCGACGCUUCUAUAUAUUAUCAGGGAGCACCAGCGUGAGGCCACGUACACACGCCCAGCAGCGGCGAAAACAACUCGAGAAGAUUCGGCAGCGUGUGUGAGAGCUGCGGCGCUGGGCGAUGGCAGCGGAGGCUCCGAAGAAGGCGGAGGCGCCGGAGGCGGCCCCGGCCGCGGCAGAGGAGAAGGCCGUCGUCCCGGGGCCCGAGCCGCCGGCGGAUGACUCCACGGCCCUCGUCGUCGUCGACAAGGUGGCUGACAAACCUUCUGCUGAGAAGAACACUCCGAGGAACUCAAAUGAAAGAGACAUUGCUCUCGCAAAAGUGGAAGCAGAAAAGAGGAACACUUUGAUUAAAGCAUGGGAAGAGAAUGAGAAGGCGAAAGCAGAGAACAAGGCUGCUAAGAAAGUAUCCACUAUACUUUCAUGGGAGAACACAAAGAAGGCAGUCGUAGAAGCUCAGCUUAAAAAGAAGGAAGAAGAACUAGAAAAGAAGAAGGCUGAAUACGCUGAGAAGAUGAAGAACAAGAAGGCAGUCAUCCACAGGCGGGCAGAAGAGAAGAGAGCGAUGGUUAUGGCCCAGCGCGGUGAAGAAGUUCUCAAGGCCGAGGAGAUGGCGGCGAAGUACCGCGCCACCGGGAUAGCCCCAAAGAAAUUUCUUGGGUGCUUUGGAGCAUAAGGAAACGUCUGAAGCUGAUGAUCCGGGCCCGGGAGGUGAUUUGGCCACAUGUACAAGUUAUUUGCUUCUUUGCGCGCUGCAGGUAUAUGGUGCUGUUUACUCAUACCAUGUAAACGUGCCCUGCUUAUUCUCUGUAAAGGUAAAGCCUGCCCCCUUCAUGUUGCAAAAUGUGCUGUGUCUCAGACAGAAAUCUGUCGGUACAUAUAUAGUAGAACUAUUAUUUGUUCUUACCUAUUACUAAUGUGAGAAGGCAAGGAACACUCA